GGGUCUCCGGUCGGGUCUAUUCAACGGGCGAUCGAUUUAAGAAUUAGAAGAGUGGAUCAACAUUUCAUUUCACCCACCACACCACCACACCACCAAUCCCCCACACACGCACUCGUUCAAAUUCUUACAGUAGUUGGAAGCGACGAUAAAGCAAAGUAAAAAAAAAAAACAUUGGUAUGGCUAUCUCGUUGUGUACCCCUACCUCCUACAAUCUCAAACUCAAAUUGGACGGCAGAGUCUCCCAUAAACUAAACGCAAACUCCUUUGCUCAUUAUAAGCGUCGUUUUGGCUCGAGCUCAACCAGAAUCUGUUGCAACUCUAAUAAUUACGGCGACAACGACAAACGACGACCUCAAUCUGAUGCCAUUCAAGUUUACACCCAAAUUGAGAGAUUGCUUACAGAUUCUGUUAAACAAUCACAGGAUGCCUGGUGGGGUUCCAGCGACUGGAGUGAAGUUGAGGGAGCAUGGAUUCUCAAACCCAAAAGCUCCAAACCCAAUUUUGUUGUUCAUUUUAUCGGAGGUAUAUUUGUUGGUGCUGCCCCUCAGCUUACCUACCGUUGGUUUCUGGAGCGUCUCUCAGAAAAGGGUGUAUUGAUCAUUGCAACGCCAUAUGCUAGUGGGUUUGAUCACUUCCUCAUUGCAGAUGAAGCACAGUUCAAAUUUGAUAGGUGCUACCGCUUGCUGCAAGAAACAGUAGGUUUCAACAUCCAAGACCUUCCUAUUUUUGGUGUUGGCCAUUCUCUGGGAUCAGUUGUCCACCUUCUGAUUGGAUCAAGAUAUGCAGUACAAAGAUCUGGAAAUAUUCUCAUGGCAUUCAAUAACAAGGAAGCAAGUUCAGCUGUCCCGUUGUUCUCUCCAGUUAUUGUCCCAAUGGCUCAAAGCAUUGGUCCACUUCUAUCAGAUAUUUUUUCUUCACCAACUCUACGUGCAGGGGCAGAGAUGACUUUGAAACAAUUAGAAAACGUUAGCCCUCCCAUUAUGAAACAGGUUCUUCCUUUGGUUGAGCAGCUCCCUCCCUUGUACAUGGAUUUGGUCAAGGGAAGAGAAGAUUUUACUCCAAAGCCUGAGGAGACACGUCGACUUAUAAAAUCAUACUAUGGCAUAUCCAGAAAUCUUCUAAUAAAAUUCAAGGAUGAUUUAAUAGAUGAGACUUCAACUCUAGCACAGGUGCUCAGUUCAGAAUCAGCAAUUAGCUCAGUGCUAGACAUGUCAAUACGCAAAUUGCCUGGAGAUCACGGUCUUCCAUUGCAGCAGGCCCUACCGGAUGUUCCACCAUCAAUGGCCGAUGCAGUUAAUCGUGGAAGUGAGCUUUUGUCAAAUCUUACCAUAGGAACACCAUGGGAGAUAGUUGCCAAAGAAGUGGGGAACACGCUUGGCAUGGAUUCAAAAGUCCUUCGUGCUGAAGUCUCAAAGGACAUGGAUCUGCUUUUGGAUGUGAUCUCAUCCUGGAUAGCCUCCAACUCAGGGCCUAAACUUUUGAGGCCGUAAGGUCACAAUUUGAGCAACUUUUGCAAAUAGAAAGAGAUGCUUUGUAGAAAUAUAUAGAAAAAACAAAGUUGGCAUUAAUACUUCUUUCAUCCUAUCUUGUAGAAUGCCGGUCAUGUUAAUGCAUACAAGUAAAGCAAAUAGAACUUUGCCAAUCACCCGAUGUAAAAAUAUGAUCUGCAUUGAGACAGAAAUAGUUGUGAUAUAAAAAUUAUUGGUU